ACUACGAGCGCCAACGCAAUGACCUCGACAAAGGGAAGGAGGACAUUCAUCGUCGGAUGUGGGUGCACUGCGUUUAUUAAGAUGGGUCUCGAGGCGGCCACCAAGGCGUUGCUCGAUGCAGGCAUAACAUAUGACCUUAUCGAAACCGCAUUUGUGGGACACUGCUAUGGGGACUCCACCAGUGGUCAGCGCUCAUUGUAUAACCUUGGGAUGACUGGUAUUCCAAUUACAAACGUGAAUAAUAACUGUGCCACUGGUGGUACCGCUCUCUAUCAAGUAAACAAUUGCGUUAAGUCGGGUCUUGUAGAAUGUGCACUAGCACUCGGAUUCGAGCGCAUGGCGCCCGGAAGCCUAGGCACCCAUUUCCCUGACAGACCAUCCCCACUAGCUCCCUUUCACAACAAGACCCAGGAGCUGGAGCAAGGGAUGAUGGCCGGGACGAACUUCGGUCCUGCUUCGAAGAACCAUGCACACUCCAUGAACAAUCCCUACUCGCAGUUCCGCAACGGCUGGACUGUACAGCAGGUCUUGGAUUCCCCGAAGAUCACCAAACAGCUCACCAAGUUCAUGUGCAGCCCAACUUCCGAUGGUGCCGCCUGUUGCAUAGUUGCGUCAGAAGCGUUUGUCCAUGCGCAUAAACUCGAAAACCAAGCUAUUGAGGAUUACGACCCCACAAGUUUCGAGUCGAAUAGUGCCAUGGAAGUCGUUGGUUACAGCAUGACACGGCGUUGUGCCGAUAAGGUAUUUGUACAGGGAGGCUUUGCGCCAGGAAAGGGAAGAGACGAAAUUGGAGUCCUCGAACUUCACGACUGCUUCGCAGCCAAUGAGCUUAUAAUGUAUCCUGCGCUCGGGUUGUGUGCUCCAGAUGCGGCCCAUAAGAUGGUGGAUAACGGAGACAACACGUAUGGGGGUAAGUAUGUCGUCAAUCCAAGCGGUGGCCUUGAGGCCAAAGGGCACCCGCUGGGCGCCACUGGGAUAGGAAUGAAUUUUUACAUUACAAGGGCUGGCCCUAUGCAAGCCAAAGCACUCUUUAAUACUCUCGAUAAACGUGGAAAGUAUGGCUUGACACACAAUAUAGGCAUUGGUGGUGCAGUAGUUGUUAGUUUGCUACGUCGACCAGAGUUCUACACGGCUGGAGGAAUAGACGGCCGAUCAAGGUUGGGGUACAACCACGGCCAUGAGUGUCGCUCGAUCAUCCUUGCUGACGUCGAGAAAGUCAAGUCUACGAAAUGGUCUCCUUAUGUCCUUGGGCGCGCCAAGUUGUAGGAAGGCGGACAACAAGUUUUGCAGACAUUGCAUUCUUACAAUGCAUGGCACAACCAGGUGAUGUGUAUCUUUGCAGCCAUGCAAGUCCUGGUUCCCUACUCUAACUACUAGGAAUGUCAGGGCAUGAGCAAAAAGACAUUCAUCAUCGGAUGCGGGUGCGCUGCCCGUUGCACUACAAGUAGCAAAGGAUGUCUUGCAUUGAGUAGACAGGUGAUGUCAAGUGCUAUCUCUAGGAAGUUUUCUAGUUGUCAUGAGAGGGUCGGGAGAAGAGGACUUAGCCAGCAUUUGAACAUGACGGUGGAUGCGCAGACGGCCAUAGUAC